CUGCCUCUGUACUUUUGUGAAGACGUGUAGCUGGACAAUGAGGGUUGUUCUUGGUUUACUGCUAUUGGUACUCGGUCUGUGUGGGUCAGGAGCUCAUGGGGAGGGUGGAGGCCUCAGCAAGGUCAGUGAGAUCAGCCAGUUUCAGAAGACAGCUCCAAGAGAUGCAGAUGAGGAAUCGACCAAGCAGACCACAGAGCAAACCACCACUGACAUUUGGGCGGAGCUGAGGGCACUGAGAGACAUGGUAGUGGUGCUCACGGUGCGUGUGGAUAUGCUGCAGAGAGAGAAUUCUGACCAAGCCACAGCACUAAAUUCUUUGGGAAUCAGACUGACCGCCACCGAGAGCAAAACAAGUGAUCUAGAAAGAAAGAAUGCCGACUUGCAGACCAGACUGAGUAGCACUGAGAGGGAACUUCUCCUUUCCAAGUCCAGGAUUGACCAGCUGGAGAGAGAAAAUGCAGUCCAAGCCGCAGAGCUGAGAUCUUUGGGAACUAGACUGACUGCCACCGAGAGCAAAACAAGUGACCUAGAAAAAAAGAAUGCAGACUUGCAAACCAGCCUGAGUAGCAGUGAGAGGGAACUUCUUGUUAUCAAAUCCAGGAUUGACCAGCUGGAGACAGGAAUUGCAGAGAAACCAAAGGUGGCCUUCUACACAUCGCUGACUGAUGCAGGAAAUGUUGGACCAUACAACACAGAAACAACACUGAGAUACAGCAAGGUCUUCACCAACAUUGGCAAUGCUUACAAUCCAGUUACAGGUUUCUUCACAGCACCAGUCAAAGGGGUCUACUCUAUCCAGUUCACUAUGUGUGGUCAUAAAGCAGGUUAUAUGGGUGUUUAUGUGUACAAGAACAACCAACUCAUUAUGUUUAACACAGAGCAGAGGAAAGAAGCAGCUUAUAGAUAUCUCACUAACUUUGUUGUCUUAGAGCUGAGAGCAGGUGAUGAAAUCCACCUGGUUCUCCCACCAGGCCAGUCUCUCUUUGACAGUUUCCAUAACCACAACACCUUCAGUGGCUUCCUUCUCUUCCCACUCUAAGGAUGUUGUUUAGGCUGCUGUGUGAUUGAUUUGUCACAAUCCCCUGUUAUGAUUGGCUACUCUGGCAUUCUUUAGAAAAUGCUGAUAUAGCUCAGCUGUGCUGCCUCCAAGACAAAUCUUUACAUUUACUGCAUGUGUCAAAUAAUGUGAUUCUGAAUCUGACUUUCCUGUUUUGUCUUCAAAAAAAAAAAACAAUCAAAGAAAUGAAAGAUUCAUUGAAGUUUUGGAUUCUGUUUAUUAGUAUGUAAUUUGUUGUUUAAUGAUAGAUGUAUUUCCUUUGCCCACCAUAGAUCUAUACCUGUAGUGAAACCUUAGAGCCCAUAGUGAAACUGGGGCCUUGAUCAGUUAUUGUAAGAUAAGACGUUUAAGGUCAGGUAAACAAAAGCUCUCAGACCACAUCACCUCUGUUGCUUAGAUCCCCAACCCUUAUCUCAUCAUUUUAAACUGAGAAUCUAAUUCUAUAAUAUUUUAGUGAUAUUAAAUACGGCUAAGAGGCCAUAAAGGUAAUUUGGAUGGCUCAAGUGGCAGAAACCAAAAUAACUUAGCUCAAAUGCAUACCUACAGGUCCCUCAUCCCAUAAGGGGCUUGGUCUCCUCCAGACACUAUCAGUGAUUUCAAAAAUAAAAAAGCCCCAGAUGUUCUGGUCACUAGUGAAACCGGGCUCACAAACAUUGUUUUAAAUGCAGACAUCAGGGAAUUAUUAUUUGCAAAAAGGAUCCUGUAGGUAAGUCUGCUGUUAACUUAUAUCUCCUCAGAGCUUUUAACAGAGGGAAAUCAGUUCACAGUUCGGGAACUAAAUUUAACAUACACAAUAAAAACAUAUAGUUGGCUGCAUUGUUAGAAAACACAAUAUGCAGGCAAUAAAAGACAGCACAUGACAGACACCCACAAAAAACUGUACAAAAUACUACACAGCACCUGCAGUGCUUUCAUAAAGUACAAAGAUUCUGAAGCUGCAUUACUGUGUCAAAACAUACGUAAACUGCAAUCUUCCAAACAGUUAACCAUGCGAAAAUCAUAUGGGACUAUGAAGUUAAACCUCAGGGAAUCUUUGGUGGACAUCUGAAUAUUAGGAGUCUUCUCCCAAAAUGUGAUGAAAUCAAGGCAUUACUGUUGGACUCAAAUCUGGACUUUUUAUGUUUAAGUGAAAGCUGACUUCAUAGUAAAAUACCAACAUCCUUCAUUGAAGUGCCUGGGUAUAAAUGCUUUAGAAAAGAUAGAAAUACUGGAAGAUAGAAUAUUUUAGGUCUAAUGAAAUUGAGUUUGAAUGUUUAGGUGUAAAUGUAUAUACAGUAUAUCUCCAGAGAUGCAUUUCCAAAUUUUUAAUUUUCAAUCGCCCAUCAUGUGACACUGAAUUUUAUGAUUAUUUAGAAAAAUUGCUCAAAGUAAUCUCAUAAAUCAGAAGUUAUGGACUUUUGUGAUUUUAAUAUUAAUUGAUCUGAUAUAAACAUUAGAAAAAAGCUCAAAAGCUGUAUGACUAAAUUUGAUUUUAGCCAGAAAAUUGAAGGGCCGACCAGAAUUACUAGGUCCUCACAGUCCCAAAUUGACCUAAAGUUCACCAACAGGGAAGAACGUAGAGUGAAGACAUACAAUCUCAUUGCGGACAAAACAUUGUCUGAUAACAACAUGAUUUUAGCGACUUGGAAACUAACUAAAAAAUUUUUUAUUAUGGUAUCCUGAAAUCAGAUAAAUUGGCAAUACCAAAACAGGAUUUAAUGUGCUUGGAAAAUGAAGCAUGUGACUUGGGAUAGCGUUUUGAAAAGUAAUGAAUGCAUGUUGUAAUGAUUUAAUGAAUAUCAUUGACAAAAUAAUUUACAAGUAUCUUAAGAAAAUUUGAAACUCUAAUAGGAAUAAGUUUCUUCCACGGAUUAAUGCGUCAAAUAGAGAAAUAAUGAAGCAAAGAGAUUUAGCACUCAAAGCUUUCAUAAAGAGUCAAACAAAUACUGUUAUGGCCUUAUACAAGGGGCUUCAAAACAGUAACUAAAGAUCUGCAGACAGCAAAAAAACACUUAUUACAUUACUAUGAUAACAGAAGCAAAGGGCAAUAAUUCGCUGAUUUGGAAACAAAUGAAUAGUUUGCUGAAAUCAUAGAGUAAUUUUAAAAUAAAUAUUCAUGAACUUAAAAUAGGAAAUACAAUAAUAUCAGAAAGUGGACAACUUGCACACGCUUUUAAUGAGUACUUUAUUGAGUCAGUAGAGGAGCUUGCCAAUAACUUUGGACAGACUGGCUGUCCCAUGAAUAACACUAUAAGUGAAUCUUGUAGGAAAACAUCCUUCGGCCAGACUUCCUUUUCAAUCAAGAGAGCUAAGAUCUGGAACGUGCUGCCUAUUGAGCUAAAAACAGAACAAAAUCAACAAUUUAAAACUAAACUGAAGAAGUUUUUAAAAGAUAAUCAGUUGUGUAGUCAUGUGUAGAUAUGUGGGGUGGAGGGAAGGAUCGGUGGGUGGUAUACAUGUAUGUGCUCAAUUGUUUUACUGUUACUAUGCUUAAUGUUUGUUGUAUAUGUAAUGUUAAAAGCCCUUCUAGGGAUGGACAUUGGAAAUUAGCAGUAGCUAUAAAUGCUGUGAUGUUGUGCAUUGGAAAAUUGUUGAACAAUUCUCUAUGUUUAUAACAUCUGCCCCUAUCAAAUAAAAUGAAAAUAAAAAAGA